UAAAGAUCCCUCCUUUUGGCUAUUGUGCUGUCUAUUUCUCUCUCUUUUUGCUAUUGUGCUGCCCAUUCGUUUCUAGGCUGUAUUUCAGUGAGAGCAAAUACAGCUGUCCCCUCCGUAUAAAUGCUUGCUCUACUGACAAGACCCGCCAGAGUGGAAUCUUCUAAGCAGGCAACAAGAAAUGGCAACUCACCUGGCUGGGCUCGUAACCAUCAUUCUUGUGAUCGGAGGCAGUGCCAUGGCAGGAUCUGAAGAGUCCCGAUGGAGGAGGAAGAACAACGGGGACAGUGAUGAAGCAACGUCAUCCUCAGGCUCAACAUGUCCCUGCACUCGAGGAUGUUGUGAUCAUGGGUGGAUCCAGUACAAAGAUGCCUGUUACCUGCCUGAACUCCAGCAUAAAAAAUCAUGGGACAGUGCUGAGGAAUACUGCGUUGGGCAGGAGGCUCACCUAGCUUCAGUUCACAGCUCUGAAGAAGACAACUUUAUCCUUCAUCUGAUGGGGAAUGCCAAACUCAGAUCAUACUGGCUUGGAGCAAAGAGAAUCAGGCAGGGUGAAGAAUUCCAUUGGACAUGGACUGAUCAGACACAGUUCCAGUAUGAGAAAAUCCCGAGAUCGCUUGCUCCUAAAGAAAAUGACAAUCACUUAGCAGCUAUGAGAUGGAAUAAUGAAGGUACCAUUGUCUGGUCUCACCGUGAUGGCUCUCACUCCUUUCCGUUCAUCUGCAAAUACUUCCUGGUGUAAACAUAUAUCUCCGAGUACAUGGGAACCCUCCAGAGCUGUAGAAUUUGUGGAACUUAGCUGUGCCUCUUGCCUGUCGCCAAAGCUGUCCUGCAGUAGAAUUGAGAUCCUUCCCGCACAAAUCGCCAAAAAACGCUUGGAAAAUGCUUUCAAUCCCCCUCUUUACCACGAUGUAUGCAGCGGUGGGAUCCAAACAUUUUAGUAACAGGUUUCCAUGGUGGUGGGAUUCAAACAGUG